AUGCCUUCGACUACUGGAGCUGUUCUGCUUGCCGUUGCAGGGCUUGGGGCCGCGCAGCUGACAGGCCGUGGGUUUCCGGACUGCUCACAAGGACCUUUGAGGAACAACACAGUCUGCGAUCUGUCCCAAGAUCCGCUCACUAGAGCGAGAGCGCUCAUCGCCGCCUUCACUGUCGACGAGAAGCUCAACAACACUGGCCAUGUCAGCCCUGGAGUUCCGCGGUUAGGACUCCCAGCAUACACCUGGUGGCAGGAAGCUUUGCACGGGAUUGCAGAGAGCCCCGGUGUCAACUUCUCGGAUCAUGGGCCAUUCAGUGUCGCGACCUCCUUCCCACAGCCCAUCCUGAUGGGCGCGGCCUUCGACGACCAGCUGAUCCAGGACGUUGCGACGGUCAUCAGUACCGAAUCUCGAGCAUUCAACAACGAUGACAGGGCUGGCCUGGACUACUGGACGCCAAAUAUUAACCCCUUUAAAGAUCCAAGAUGGGGCAGAGGACAAGAAACCCCCGGCGAGGACCCCUUCCACCUUUCCAGCUACGUUCAUUCCUUGAUCCUCGGGUUGCAAGGUGGUUUGAACCCUAAGUACAAGCGGGUAGUGGCUACCUGCAAACACUUUGUGGCCUACGACAUGGAGAGCUGGAACGGCAACUUCAGAUACCAGUGGGACGCCCACGUGAAUUCUCAAGAUCUGGCGGAGUACUACAUGCCUCCAUUCCAGAGCUGUGCAAGGGACUCGAACGUUGGCUCAUUCAUGUGCUCAUACAAUGCACUGAAUGGUGUACCGACGUGUGCCGACCCAUACUUGCUGCAAACGAUUUUGAGGGAACACUGGGGCUGGACGAACGAGCAGCAGUAUGUCACGAGCGACUGCGACUCGAUUCAGAACAUCUUCAUGCCUCACAACUACCGAUCGACCCGCGAGGCCAGUGUCGCGGCUGCAUUGAACGCCGGCACUGAUCUGAACUGCGGGACCGUCUACCAGCACCAUUUGCCAUCGGCUCUCCAGGAGGGUUUGAUCACUGAGUCUACUUUAGAUCAAGCGCUGAUCCGUCAGUACUCUGCCCUCAUUCGCCUUGGCUACUUCGAUGGCGACAGAGUGCCUUACCGCAGCCUAUCCGGCGCGGACGUCAACACCAACUCUUCGCAGAGAUUGGCUUACAAAGCCGCAGCGGAAGGCAUCACUCUCCUGAAGAAUGAUGGCACCCUGCCAAUGCAGAUCACAAGCAACAUGACUGUCUUGAUCGUCGGCGGCUGGGCAGACGCUACCACGCAGAUGCAAGGCAACUACGCAGGAGUGGCUCCGUACCUCCACUCGCCUACCUGGGCGCUCAAUCAGACUGGCGCGAAGGUCUACACAGCCAGCGUACCAGGCGGCCAAGGCGAUCCGACCACCGACUCAUGGCUCCCGGUCUGGAACUGGGCACCCAAAGCCGACGUCAUCAUAUACGCGGGGGGCAUCGACAACAGCGUCGAAUCCGAAGGGAACGACAGGACCAGCAUUGCCUGGACUGGCGCUCAGCUUGAUAUGAUCGGCCAGCUCGCUGGCUACGGCAAGCCAAUGGUUGUCAUGCAAAUGGGUGGCGGACAGCUCGACAGCUCACCUAUCGCGAACAACCCCAACAUUUCCGCAUUAAUCUGGGGCGGCUACCCAGGCCAGAGCGGCGGCGAAGCUCUCGUCGACACUAUCACUGGCAAAAACGCACCAGCCGGACGUUUGCCGACGACGCAGUACCCAGCGGACUACAUCUCCCUCAUCCCCAUGACGGACAUGAGCUUGCGCCCAAACAGCAGUAGUGGCUCGCCUGGCAGGACCUACCAAUGGUACACCGGCACGCCCAUCUACGAGUUCGGGUCUGGGCUGCACUACACCACUUUCUCGGCCUCCAUCCAGUCGCCCGGCAGCACCUUCGCCAUCUCCGAUCUGAUGAGCAACUGCACAGAGCACUACAAAGACAAGUGUCCCUUCAGCACCAUCAACGUCAAUGUGCGAAACACUGGGAGCACCACAAGUGACUACGUCACCCUCGGCUUCCUCGCUGGCUCGCAUGGUCCAGCUCCUCGCCCAAAGAAGCGUCUUGUCGCCUACACCCGCCUCCACGGUAUUACCGGCGGUUCGUCCUCAACCGCAAGCUUGAAGAUGACGCUCGGCAGUCUUGGACGCGUGGAUGAGACAGGCAGCAAAUGGCUUUACCCCGGCGACUAUUCGCUCAUGAUCGACAGUCAGCCUUUGGCCACGGCGAACUUCACGCUCACUGGCAAUGCUGUAUGCCUCGAUGACUGGCCACAGCCGCCUGCACCUUCCAAGCAGGACUCGGACUACUUCGUCGGCGGGUAUGGAAGCACUUAUGAUGGGCAGGUGCUCGUUGAUGGGAACGUGCCGUGA